AGUGGAAGAGAGAGAGCGCUGCGUUGAAAGGGGGACUUCCCUGAGCCUCCAUCAUCUGCAGGGAGGGAAAAACACUCCCCCCCACACACACACACACACACACACGCUCUGAGCUGCCAGCAAGGCUGUAAACGGCUUCACCAGCGCAGACAAAGGGACUGUAACCUGCUCCGAUGGAGGAAAACAUGGACGAGUCUCAAAGCCAGAAAGGCUGUAAGGAGUGCUGUGAGCGCUGCGUGGGCAGCCUGCCCUGGGCCUCACUCAUCGCCACCAUCCUGCUCUACAUGGGCGUAGCCCUGUUCUGUGGAUGUGGCCACGAGGCUUUGAGCGGCACCGUCACCAUCCUCCAGAACUACUUCGAGGUCAUUCGAGCUCCGGGACAAACACUGGAUGUGUUCACCAUUAUUGACAUCCUGAAGUACAUCAUCUACGGCCUGGCAGCUGGGUUCUUUGUGUUGGGGGUGCUGCUUCUGGUGGAGGGCUUCUUCACCACUGGAGCCAUCAGAGACCUCUAUGGAGAGUUCAAGAUCACCGCCUGCGGACGCUGCCUCACUGCAUUCCUCAUGUUCCUGGCCUACCUGUUCUUCCUGGUGUGGCUGGGAGUGACAGCGUUCACCAGUCUGCCCGUCUUCAUGUACUUCAACGUGUGGUCCAUGUGCCAGAACAACAGCUUUAACGACGUCAGCCUCUGCGUGGACCUGCGUCAGUUUGGAGCGGUGCCCAUCUCUGAGGAAAGGAAGCUGUGUGCAGGAUCUGAGAAGUUUGUUAAAAUGUGUGAAUCCAACGAGCUGGACUUGACCUUCCACCUGUUUGUGUGUGCGCUGGCCGGAGCUGGAGCCGCCGUCAUCGCCAUGGUCCACUUCCUGAUGGCUCUGGCUGCUAACUGGGGCUACCUGAAGGACGCCAGCCGGAUGCAGAAGUACGAGGACAUCAAGUCGAAGGAGGAGCAGGAGCUGCACGACAUCCACUCGACACGCUCCAAAGAACGCCUCAAUGCCUACACAUAAGCACGCGGCGCGAGGAACGACACACACACACACACACACACACACACACACGAGAUGAUCCAUAAGACACACACACAUACAACACACAGAAACGCAUUCAAAGACACGACGAGAGCGAUUUGAUGUAAAAAGGAGCAGGUACGCGCCUCCAUCCUCCUCCGUCUGCUGCAGACGGUCCGCUUUGACUGAACCUCCUUGUGCUCGUCAAACGUCGUAAAACAAGAGCCUGUGCUCAGAUCUUUUCUUAAUGUGAGUUAUAGACACGGGUCAAUAAAACAUGAUGCAUGUAGCGUCUGCAGCAGCCGGCAGCAGGAUGCGUCUGGUUCGACACACUCACAUUAUGUGGCUGAAUGGUCGUGUUGUUUGGUGGUGUCAUGCUGUGUUGUGUCGUUUCGCCACUUUAUGACUGGUAUCGCAGAGAAACAUGGGGAAACGGUACCUCUAGGUACAGAAGGGUAGCUUGGCUAACCACCCCCCCCCCCCCCCCCCUCCUCUACCGCUCUGUGACCUCUCCAUCCUCAGCCCAGUUUCAUUAGUUGCUGCACACAAACCUGGAGCAGUGAAAUCCCCACCAGUAUUAAAAUAUGCACAUGAAUGAGGCCAAAUUGUUUCUAUUGCUUUAUUUGUACACGUCUGAUCGUUGUGAUCGGAGCAGAAGCACUUACUGUGGCGCCAACUAGUGAAACGGGCCUCGAGUCCUCCCCCUUCGUCCCCAGUUUGUACAAACGUGUCAAACAGCACAUCUUAGCAGCACAACGUCGUCUCAUGUGUUUUAGUCUCAUCCAUCGUUCUCACCUUUGGAGUUUUAUCUGUGUUAUUUAUGUGUCAUUUAGCACCAGGGGUAUUUAAAUGGGACAAGAUGGGUUUUACCACGUUCACACGUACGUGUAAUGAAUUCCGUGAUACACACACACACACACACACACACACACACACACACACACACACACACACACACACACACACACACACCUCCUAUUGUAGGAGCUUUGGUUAAUUCGUUUCAUUCUCUUCUUUUGUUCCUAAAGCCCUAAUGAGACCAAAACACAUUUGUAUUAAGCAUCUGAACUAAACAAAGCGACUGAUGGAGCUGCUUCACUGAAGGUCGUGAGGAAGUUUGUCGAGGAGGCUUCAGUCUCGAUGUUUGCUAGUUCAGGAAUGUAGUCCAGCUGAUAAGCUCACGGCUCUGCAGGCGCUGAGCAGCUGGAGUCAGGUUCUCUUCGUACACUAGCUCAGCGCUAGAAUAUAUGUGGAGGUUUCAAAACGCAGUCUGAAUUUUCUACAAUAAACAUAAUUAGUUUUAUUGUAUAGCUGAGGCAAUAAAGGGCAACAUUGGUCCCACCAGCAGGAGAAGAGAAGGAUGAGCAGGAUGUAGACGAUUCUCUAUCUGCCAGUAGAGACGACAGGGAAAGCUUGAUGAUGAGAUCCUACCAGCACACACACACACACACACACACACACACACACACACACACACACACACACACACACACACCACCAUCACUCUGAGCCAUAAUUCUUCGCUCUUUUACUUUUCACCAAUAUCAUUUCACUCUUUUAUUAUUGACUAAUCUUUGUAAAUGUGAAAUCAUUGACUUAGAAAAAAGAGGUUUGUUUUCUUUGCUGUGGGCAGUGAUAAGACUGUACCUGCAUAACGCUGUAUAAAGAUAUACCUAUAUGUGAACCAGUGGAGGAGGACCCAGUCUGGUGGAAGCAGCUCAGGUCCCUGUGACAGACAGACAGACAGACAGACAGACAGACACACACACACACACACACAACCACACACACACACACACACACACACACACACACACACACACACACGCACACGCACACGCACACACACACACAC